AUGGCGUACUCUCCCUCCCCAACCCCACCACUAACGGGCCCUGAGACUUCUCUCUAUCCCAAUCCUCGCUCACCUACUCCUCCAGCACAGCCGCUCUCUAAGAGAGACAAAAGACGAAAUCAACAUGUUGCACACCAGCAAGAACUACACAAUGAGCUCGCCUCGAAUCGAGAGCAGCACUACCGAGAACAACUCAUCGCCCUCCAGACCGACAUGAGCCUCAUCUCCCAAGCUGACCCCUAUGACCCCGAACCUCUGGAAGACUCGCCAGAAGAGAUCGCGAGGAUAGCCGAACUAGCAGCGUCCGGAACACCCUAUCAAUCACAAAUGUCCUCAAUGGCCGGGAAAUGGUAUGCUGAGUUUGUUCAUGAGGUGAACGAUGCCAAAGAAGCGAAAGAGAUCGCCCUCAUCCAGCUUAUGAACAACCACAAUGCGCGUCUGGAAAGACUCAAGUACGAAUGUGACUAUCGCCUGCACCUUGCUGCUGAAGAAUGCGAACACAUGACUUCGACCCUCCGAGAAAGACUGUUCCAAUCCCUUUCUCACAAGAGACAGAGACUCAUGAAAGAGAAGGAGCAGCUUGAUAUUGCGGAUACCAACGCCCUACUUCUUCAUCCCAGCCAGUUUAGUAUCACCAACCCUGGAAGCCCCGGAGGAACUCACACAAGCCGCAAGACUCGCUUUACCCGACACCGGGAGCAAGAAGACCUCAACGGGGCAGGUGAGAUGCACAAACGCAAACGGAAACAAGUCGAUGACGAUGUGGGCUCACCGUCGCGGAACGGAAACUCAACUCCCUUGGACCGCAAAGGAAACGCAACGUCAAAUCAAACCGCACCAGUCUACUCGAUCCACUCUCUCUUCACAGACAAAGAGCUUAACUUUCAAUCACACCAGGCGCAGAUUGCAGCUCGGCACUUUUUCACCACUUCACGCAAGGAAGGAGAAGCGAGCAAUACACGGAAACGGGGCAAAGACGACAAUGGCAAGCGAGCUGGUUCUGAAGACAGUGGAUCCUCGGAUGAGGAAGAACUGGAAGCCCCGGAAAUGGAGAGGUCAGCCAGCCACAAUGUGCAUGUCACCAGAUCGACGAGGACCAUUGGUGGCAUGAGUGGCUUGAAUGCGCUCAGUGACCUGGCCGAAAAGGCAGCAACCCGUCCAGCUCUACCGUACGCGACCUUGCACACACAUCAAGGCCGACAAGGGACUUUCCUGCCACAACCCAGCCGUCUAUUAGCCGAGGAGUUAGAAGAGGAUCUUUUCAAGAUUGCACAGAUCGAAUCCCAACCCAAAGGUCAAGUGGACAGAAAAGCCAUCGACGAAGCGCUCAAGCCCCUUUCAGAAUCCCGAAGCAACUUGGCUCCGGAUUGGCCAGUCUAUCUGGAUGUGCAUUUGGUGGACAUUGAUCCGAGAAGGGCCGCCGGAGUGUAG